CGCCCAACCGUUUACGACAGCGCCGGCAGGUUUGCGGCGCUGGCCGCUGCGCACGCAGCUUCGCUCCUUUCCCGGUUGCUCGGAGUGCAGCUAGUGGCGCGGUCUUUAACCCGCUCCAUCCACCCCCAUCCGGGCUGGCCGAGGCAGUUGCAGGUUUUUGAAGAUGGCGAAGUUUAUGACCCCCGUGAUUCAAGACAACCCCUCAGGCUGGGGCCCCUGCGCCGUCCCGGAGCAGUUCCGAGAUAUGCCCUACCAGCCCUUCAGCAAAGGAGACCGGCUGGGGAAGGUGGCAGACUGGACGGGUGCCACAUACCAAGAUAAGAGAUACACGAACAAGUACUCCUCUCAGUUUGGUGGUGGGAGUCAGUAUGCUUACUUCCACGAAGAGGAUGAAUCUAGUUUCCAGCUGGUGGACACGGCGCGCACACAGAAGACAGCCUACCAGCGGAACCGAAUGCGGUUUGCACAGAGGAACCUCCGCAGAGAUAAAGAUCGUCGGAACAUGGUGCAGUUCAACCUGCAGACCCUGCCUAAGAGUGCCAAGCAGAAAGAGAGAGAACGUAUACGUCUGCAGAAAAAAUUCCAGAAACAGUUUGGAGUGAGACAGAAAUGGGACCAAAAGUCUCAGAAACCCCGAGAUUCUUCAGUGGAAGUCCGUAGUGACUGGGAGGUAAAAGAGGAAAUGGAUUUUCCUCAGCUGAUGAAAAUGCGCUACUUGGAGGUGUCAGAGCCGCAGGACAUCGAGUGCUGCGGGGCCCUGGAGUACUAUGAUAAAGCCUUCGACCGCGUCACCACGAGGAGUGAGAAGCCACUGCGGAGCAUCAAGCGGAUCUUCCACACAGUCACCACCACCGACGACCCCGUCAUUCGAAAGCUGGCUAAAACCCAGGGGAAUGUGUUUGCCACCGACGCCAUCCUGGCCACGCUAAUGAGCUGCACGCGCUCCGUGUAUUCUUGGGACAUCGUUGUCCAGAGAGUCGGGUCCAAGCUCUUCUUUGACAAGAGGGACAACUCUGACUUUGACCUCCUGACAGUGAGUGAGACGGCCAAUGAGCCCCCUCAAGAUGAAGGCAAUUCCUUCAACUCGCCUCGCAACUUGGCCAUGGAAGCAACCUACAUCAACCACAACUUCUCGCAGCAGUGCUUGAGGAUGGGUAAGGAAAGAUACAACUUCCCGAACCCAAACCCAUUUGUGGAGGACGACAUGGAUAAGAAUGAAAUCGCCUCUGUCGCUUACCGUUACCGAAGGUGGAAGCUUGGGGAUGACAUUGAUCUCAUUGUCCGUUGUGAGCACGAUGGCGUCAUGACGGGAGCCAACGGGGAAGUGUCCUUCAUCAACAUCAAGACCCUCAACGAGUGGGAUUCUAGGCACUGCAAUGGUGUUGACUGGCGCCAGAAGCUGGACUCUCAGCGAGGGGCUGUCAUUGCCACCGAGCUUAAGAACAACAGCUACAAAUUGGCCCGGUGGACCUGCUGUGCUUUGCUGGCCGGGUCUGAGUACCUCAAGCUUGGGUAUGUGUCCCGGUACCACGUGAAAGACUCCUCACGCCAUGUCAUCCUGGGCACCCAGCAGUUCAAGCCCAAUGAGUUUGCCAGCCAGAUCAACCUGAGUGUAGAGAACGCCUGGGGCAUCCUGCGCUGUGUCGUUGACAUCUGCAUGAAGCUGGAGGAGGGCAAGUACCUCAUCCUCAAGGACCCCAACAAGCAGGUCAUCCGUGUCUACAGCCUGCCGGAUGGCACCUUUAGUUCUGACGAGGAUGAUGAAGAGGAGGAGGAGGAGGAGGAGGAGGAGGAAGAGGAAGAAGCUUAAACCAGACGGCGAUGAGGAGCUGGAGUUUAUAAUUCAGCAGAUCAACCAGAAGGACUUCGGAUGCCCGGUGGAAUGUUGGAUUCCUGCUCUCUGGCACUUAACAGACAGAAUAAACAAUAAGUCUGUUCAGUCUC